AUGGCAAGCAAUCAUAUGUGUGGCCACAAAGACAAGUUUGUGGAGAUAAAGAAGACGGUGAAAGCACUUAAAUCAAUGGGAGACAAGAACAUGGUUGAUGGGAUUCCGUCAAUCAACCAUCCAAAUCAGUUGUGUGAAGCUUGUCUUCUUGGAAAAUAUGCAAGGAGGAGUUUUCCAAAGGAGACUACAUCAAGAACAAGUAAGCCACUUCAACUUGGCCGGGAAAAAGGAACAGGGAAAGCCGGGAAGCCUCUCCAUUACAAAGGUAGCAGUUUCCACAGGAUCAUACCAAGCUUCAUGAUCCAGGGAGGUGACUUCACCAGUGGUGAUAGGCGAGACGGAGAGUCAAUAAAUGGAAGUGUUUUUGGCCAUAAUGUUUUUUUAUCCACUGAAAGACUUGUUUUGGGAAAAGGUAUUUUGUUAAUGGCGAAUGCUGGACCAGACACCAAUGGAUCUCAAUCCUUUAUCACAACUGUGACCACUAGUUGGUUGGACAAGCAUCAUGUUGUUUUCGGCAAGGUUCUGUCUGGGAUGGAUGUUGUCCACAAAAUUGAAGCUGAAGGCAGACAAGGUGAAACCCCGAAAAGCAAAGUUAGAAUAUCAAAUAGUAGUGAACUACCUCAGUGA